CAGGGAUGUGAUGCCUCUGUGAUGAUCCAAUCUACUACAAAUAAUUCGGUGGAGAAAGACUUUCAGGACAACUUGUCCCUGGUUGGUGACGGAUUUGAUACUAUAGUCAAAGCAAAGCAAGUUGUAGAGAAUAUGUGUCCCAAAACCAUGUCUAGUGUUGAUAUACUAGCAAUCGCUACAAGAGAUGUUAUACAAUUGGUUGGAGGUCCAAGGAAUAGUGUGGAGUUAGGGAGAAGAAAUGGACUCAUAUCUCAAGCAUCCAGAGUCAAUGGAAACCUGCCAAAGGGUUCAUUCAAUCUCGUUCAGUUGGUCUCUCUCUUCAGAAGCAAGGGAUUAUCUCCGACAGAUAUGAUUGCUCUUUCAGGGGUGCACACAGUGGGGUUUUCUCACUGCAGCCAAUUUUCAAACAGAAUUUACGGCAACCCAGUAGACCCCACUCUGAAUCCUACAUAUGUCAGCCAACUACAGAGCAUGUGUCCCAGAAUUGUGGAUCCCACCAUUGCUAUUAGAUACUUAUUAGAAGAUACUGUCAUGGGUUCUGAUACAAUUGCUGCUGCUAAUGGUGCUAUUGAUGUUAUUGCUAUUGCGGGUGGGAUCGCUGGUCUGCUUGGUGGGAUGAUGGGUAUUGUAGGUGGUUGUGCUGAGAUUUUUAGCCUUGAUGGGGUACUUGCCAUGGUGUUUGAUGCUGCUUUUAUAAUCAAAGGGGACCUCUUUGUAGUAGGCUGA